UCCAGGGGAGAGGCAGUGAGGCCUGCAUGAAAGCAGUAGCUGGGAAUAGAAGGAAGGCUCAGGCCCAGACAUAUUCAACUAAUGAGGACAUAAAAUUUGGCAGCUGAGGACUGUCCAUUUAGUUUGAGAUAAGUGGGGCUGGGUGCCAGCAAAUCCAGCUUUCAGGAAGGAAAAGGAGUGGGGAUAAGUUAAGGGAAGUGAAAGUGUCUAGCUACAUAAAUAGCAGGCCAAUCCCAGCCCACGCACAGACCCCCAACUUGCAGCUGCCCACCUCACCCUCAGCUCUGGCCUCUUACUCACCCUCUACCACAGACAUGGCUCAGUCACUGGCUCUGAGCCUCCUUAUCCUGGUUCUGGCCUUUGGCAUCCCCAGGACCCAAGGCAGUGAUGGAGGGGCUCAGGACUGUUGCCUCAAGUACAGCCAAAGGAAGAUUCCCGCCAAGGUUGUCCGCAGCUACCGGAAGCAGGAACCAAGCUUAGGCUGCUCCAUCCCAGCUAUCCUGUUCUUGCCCCGCAAGCGCUCUCAGGCAGAGCUAUGUGCAGACCCAAAGGAGCUCUGGGUGCAGCAGCUGAUGCAGCAUCUGGACAAGACACCAUCCCCACAGAAACCAGCCCAGGGCUGCAGGAAGGACAGGGGGGCCUCCAAGACUGCCAAGAAGGGAAAGGGCUCCAAAGGCUGCAAGAGGACUGAGCGGUCACAGACCCCUAAAGGGCCAUAGCCCAGUGAGCAGCCUGGAGCCCUGGAGACCCCACCAGCCUCACCAGGGCUUGAAGCCUGAACCCAAGAUGCAAGAAGGAGGCUAUGCUCAGGGGCCCUGGAGCAGCCACCCCAUGCUGGCCUUGCCACACUCUUUCUCCUGCUUUAACCACCCCAUCUGCAUUCCCAGCUCUACCCUGCAUGGCUGAGCUGCCCACAGCAGGCCAGGUCCAGAGAGACCGAGGAGGGAGAGUCUCCCAGGGAGCAUGAGAGGAGGCAGCAGGACUGUCCCCUCGAAGGAGAAUCAUCAGGACCCUGGACCUGAUAAGGCUCCCCAGUGCACCCCACCUCUUCCUUGUAAAUAUGAUUUAUACCUAACUGAAUAAAAAGCUGUUCUGUCUUCCCACCCAA